UCCAACGAGUUGACAGCUCUGUUGUCUUUGUCGAAAAGUGACAUUUGUGUUUUUUUUUGUAAUGAAAGGCCAAAGUAAACGAUUUGUGAGCCAUAAAGGCAAAGCGUAUGAUAUGAGUGUGAAAAAAGAAAAAGAAAUUAGUGUUGGAUUCUUAGAUUUGUGGCGCUACGCAACAUGGCCUGAAAGAUUUGCAUCAUUCCUGUCAGCGGUAUUCGGAUUCCUGUGCUCAAGCGGCCUCAUAGCUGCCAUAUAUGCCUACAGCGAAAUAACCGCAUUGUUUGUGGAGAGGGACAAAGCUGUCGACUCACCGUUUCAGCCAGCGAUAAUAGGCCUCUUCGGAGGUGGAAGGAAAUUGAAUAAUAGCAAUAGAAGCGGCCAUAUGGAUGCUCUGGUAGAUGACUCUGUGGCCUUCGCUUGGGCCAGCGUGGCUAUCAUGGUUGUUCAGUUAACUUUGGCAGCAAUUGGUGUCACUCUUGCUAACUGGUCUGCUGCGAGAAUGAUAGCAAGGAUACGAUGGAAACUGCUAAGGUCUGUGCUGAGCCAGGAGACAGCAUUCUUCGACAUGAACAACUCGAUGAAUUUUGCGACCACUAUUACAGAAGACACAGAGAAACUCCGCGCUGGAGUUGGCCAACACGUGGCUAUGAUAUCGUACCUGGGUGGCAGCGUGGUGACGGCAGCCACGGUUGCUAUCCUGCACGGUUGGCAGCUGACGUUAGCAGCUCUGUCUGUGGUGCCAGUGGCGGUACUUGUGGCAGCCUCUGUUGCUAUGUAUCAAACGCGGUGUGCAUCUGAAGAAGUAGUGUCGUACGGAGUGGCUGGCCGAGUGGUGGAACAGGCUCUGGCUGCCAUCCGAACUGUGAGGGCGUACGCUGGAGAACAUACCGAGGUGAAGAGAUAUGAAGAAUCCUUGCAUGAUGCGAGCUUAGCUUCUCGCCGCCGCUGUGUAUGGGUUGGAAUAGGUUCUGGCGUGGGGUGGCUGCUCACGUAUGGCCUGAAUGCUAUCGUCUUCGCGUACGGAACAGCUCUGUUGGUCGAUGAUAUGCCGCUGCCAGCUGAAGAACGGACAUACAACCCUGGCUCAAUGGUUAUGAUUCUAUUCACCACUUUCAUGGCAGCCCAAAACAUAGCAAUGUGUAACCCACACUUAGAAAUAUUCUCGACGGCGCGAGGCGCUGCCAAAUCCCUCUACAAGCUCCUUGAACGCAAAUCCAAAGAAAACACUUUACACGACUCAGGAAUCAAGCCCGACAGUUUCAAAGGCAAUAUACAUUUUGAAAAUCUGUAUUUCAACUAUCCUUCACGACCUGACGUUAAGAUACUCCGAGGUCUAAGUCUGAAAAUAAAUGCUGGAGAAACUGUGGCACUGGUUGGAGGUUCUGGAUGCGGCAAGUCUACUCUACUCCAACUCUUGCAGAGGGCAUAUCGACCUGACAGUGGCUGUAUCACUGUGGAUGGGCACCAACUGAACUCCUUGCAUUUGAACCAUUUUAGAACUAGAAUUGGUGUUGUAGGCCAAGAGCCAGUGCUGUUUUCCGGAACUAUACGAGAGAAUAUCACUUUUGGAAUAAGCGACGUGAGCGACGAUGAGAUCAUCGAAGCUGCGACAACUGCGCACGCGCAUCAUUUUAUUGUGAAACUGUCGAAUGGAUAUGAGACGCAGCUGGGGGAGAGGGGUGCCUCGUUGUCUGGAGGUCAGAAGCAGAGGAUAGCCAUCGCGCGAGCGUUGUUACGGAAGCCAGCCCUGCUGUUGUUGGAUGAACCCACUUCUGCCUUAGAUCCCGCUUCUGAACGUCAGGUUCAACUGGCCCUCGACGCAGCUAGCAAAGGGCGGACUACACUUGUGGUAUCGCACAGAUUAGCUACAAUAGUGAAUGCAUCCCGAAUCGUGUACAUAGAACAGGGAUCGGUCCUGGAGCAAGGAACACAUAUCGAAUUACUGGAGAAGAAGGGAGCGUAUUGGAGACUCGUCCAAGAUGACAUGACGCACAAAAGUAUUGAGAAGUUGGAAGAAGCUACAGAAGAUGAAGAAGAGAUUAUAGAAGAGAAUCCAAAACUCAGGCGCAACAGCAGUGUCUGCUUUCAUAGAGAAACACCAGUCAGGAAUAGUUUGAUACGAGGUAGUCGUCGUAUGGGGUCUAUAGCUUCGGGGUCACCACCGCCUGAUCUGAUACCACAAGAACCUGAUGUGGAAGAAAAAGAACCAGAGAUUAUAGUUUCUAGUUGGCAGAUUCUGAAGCUGAACAGCAAAGAGUGGCCCUUACUAGUGGGAGGAGGACUGGCAUCACUGACAAUUGGUGCCACAAUGCCAGUGUUUGCUUUCUUAUUUUCAAAACUAUUCGGGAUGUUCUCAUGGCCAGACAGAGAAGCAAUUCUGCACCAAUCCCAGUUGUACGCUGGUCUCUUUGCCUGUGCUGCAGUAAUCAGUGGUCUGGUUACUUUCCUGCAAGCUUACCUGUUUGGACUAGCUGGUGCUAAGCUCACAGAUCGGCUUCGCAUCAUGACGUUUGCGAACUACCUGAGACAGGACCAGGGAUGGUUUGAUGAAGCCUCUAACUCCGUGGGGGCGCUGUGUGCCAGAUUGGCCUCUGACUGUGCCGCAGUACAAGGCGCUACAGGUAGUCGCCUAGGUACAAUGCUGCAGGGUGUCAGCACCAUGGUCCUUGGAGUGGGCCUGGCAAUGUUCUACUCCUGGAAGAUGACCCUCGUCAGUCUCUUGAGUGUGCCUUGUGUUAUUGGAGGUAUAUGUCUCGAAGGCUGGAUCAACAAGAAAACCGAGGCAAAAGAACGUAAUGCUAUCGAGAACGCAUCCAGAUUAGCAACAGAGGCUGUGCUCAAUGUCCGAACUGUACAUAGCUUAGGUGUCGAAGAAUACAUCCUUUCAAAGUAUUCCAAGGCUUUGGAUGAGGCAGAGAAGCAAGCGAGCAGUGCGCGAUGGAUUCGAGGACCGAUCUAUGGACUGUGUCUUUGUUCACCCACCCUGGGAUAUGCCGUGUCAGUGGCGUAUGGUGGUUAUCUGAUCGCAAGAGAAGACCUAAAAUAUGAAUACGUUAUUCUAGUGUCUGAAGCACUUAUAUACGGUGCGUGGAUGUUAGCAGAGGCAUUGUCCUUUGCACCAAGCUUUGCUGGAGCCAAACGAGCUGGAGCCAGGGUUAUGGCUGCCCUUCAGCGACAGCCUGCCGUCUUGGAUUCUGGACUAGUAGACGACCCAAGCUGGAAAGCAAACGGUAGCAUAGUCUUUAAAGACGUCCACUUCCGCUAUCCCACCAGACCUAAGGUUCCGGUGUUACGAGGCCUGAAUCUCAAUAUUCCCUCUGGGAAGACUGUAGCCCUGGUGGGUCCUUCAGGAUGCGGGAAAUCAACCAUAAUGCAUCUGCUACUGAGAAGUUAUGAUCCAGAGAGCGGAAGUGUGUCUCUUGAUGGUAAAGAUAUUAAAAAAGCCCUCAGCCUUAAGAGGUCCAGAGCACAAUUCGGUUUGGUUCAGCAAGAGCCAGUGAUGUUCGAGAGAACAAUCAGAGAAAACAUCGCGUAUGGAGAUAACACUAGGGAUGUGCCAGUCGAUGAAAUUAUCGAUGCGGCGACGAAGGCGAAUGUACAUAGCUUCAUAUCUAGCCUACCCUCGGGUUACGAGACCGUACUAGAGGCCGGCAGCGCUGCUUUGUCCGGUGGUCAGAAACAGCGGGUGGCCAUAGCGCGGGCAUUGCUGCGAGACCCCAAGAUAUUGCUGCUAGAUGAGGCCACUUCUGCACUGGACGCUGCAAGCGAAAAGACGGUUCAGCAAGCAUUGGAGACAGCAUCAACUGGGCGCAGCACUGUGAUCAUCGCUCACAGACUGGCGACCGUCCGGCACGCUCAUGUCAUAUGUGUUAUCGACAGAGGAACUGUUGCCGAAUGUGGGAGCCAUGAAGAGUUAGUCAGAAAACGUGGACUGUAUUACGAAUUACUGCAGCAACAGUCUCACAGCGAUCCUCACACAUAGUUAUAAGAACAUUGUAUUCAUCUAAUAAUUAUUGAAUAACAACUCGCCGCUCUGACCGGUGUCGCCAUCUUGAAAUGGUGACGUCAUCGUACGCGAUGGCAAAUUUGACGUAUGACAGUAGCGUACGGGAAAGGAGGUGUUCCAAAAUUUACUUUUGAUAUUUUCCUGUUUCUCGUGUAUAGUGUAGCGUUUUCUUAAUUAAUCACCCUCACAUACAUAGGGUGAAACAUAAUUAAUAAAUUGUUGUCGUUAGUAAUAUAUUCUAGCGUUCUUAAGGCAAAUAUAAGUCAUAAACAUGCAACACAUAUUAGUCUGUGUCAUAUAUUGUGUACAUUUAACAUUGUUUGGGUACACUGAAUACAGCAAAGAUAAGAUUGAUAGAUUGUAAAAUACAACGAUAAUUAUUAAUGCCAUAUUUAAUAAAUAGGAAAUGUUGCCAUAGUUAUAUUAUUAAUUUUGUCUACAGUUAUUAAGGAGAGUUUAGGGUGAUUUUCCUCUAAUUCUGUGUACAAAGACCUAGAGAAGAAAUGGAACAACUCCUUUUGUUAUGUAGUUUAAGCGCCAUAGAGUAGAAUUCCUUUGGCUAUUUAGAUAGAACCAAUUUAACAGUAGAAGGUAUUCUAAGUAUAGACGUAAUGGGAGGACAGGUACUUGACAUGAUCUUACCUUUGGUAAUAGGUACAUUUCUACUGUUCUAGAUAAGGCUGCUAGCGUAUUACAAUAUAGGUUUAUAUAAGUAAAGAGUUUUUAGAAUGUGACAGCUUCCAAUUAAGUGUCUUUUGUUAUAAGAGAGGAUAAAUUGUUAGUUAAUAUUAUAUUAAGAAUAAAAUGUAACAAUUACCAGUGAUAUGAAAACUUUACACAACAUGCCAUUGUAUAGAUAAGAUAUUUCUCAUAUUUAUUACAUUUAUGUUAAGUUAUUUCUCAUAUUUAUUUAGGUUACCUCUAUAAUUGUUUUUGAAAGGUAUUUACAUUCCAUUGCUUGAAAAUAGUUUUCGUAAUAGAUAAAUGAACAUAAUCAUCGCCAUCGCCUCGACACAUGCCUCCUCCAAAAAUCUCCUGUGCUGGCCCCAUCCAACGUAUUCCGGCGAUAUUGAUCAGAUUAUAAGUCCGUCUCUACCAACACUGCGUCUUCCGGUCCGUGUUCGGCAUUCGAGGACUUUACUGUCCCAACAGCCAUCUCUCCGUCUAAGUAUGUGUCCUGCCCAUUGCCACUUCAGUUUCGCAACCACUGGGCUAUGUUGGUGACUUUGAUUCUCCUACGAAUCUCCUCAUGUUUGAUUCGAUCUCGCAGAGAAACUUCGAGCAUAAUUAGCCCUCUCCAUUGCCCUUUGAACAACUGUGAACUUUGUCAUGAAAUGAAUUGAAAUGAAAGUAAUAAUAACUUAAAUGAACAUGACAAGUAAUCAUAAGCGGUAUUAUUAGUUGAUAAGUUAUAGACAUAAAUCUACACUCAUCUCUUUAGACGGUUUUUCUAAUGCCAUGUUUGUAAUUGGAUUUUCUGUAUGUACAUUAUAUCUGAUAGGGUCAUGUGGAUCCGCUGUUUAACAGUAAAUUGACUGUACAAAUGUUUGAAUGAAACGUGAAUUGAAGUUUUUGUGAUUUGCUCAAUCUAGGAACACAUAUUCCACAAUCAGUCGGUGUUUACUGAAAUAGGAUUUCAAGACCAUACCUACUACAUAACACUUCCGGAGACAGACGUGGUUAUAUUAAUAUCUGCUAUUUAAAGUUUAUCAUCUCGUGGAAAUGCUUUUCGCUCAUACACAAAACAAAUUAUCAUCGUUAGAACAAUUUUGAUUCUUCUUUGACACCUGCUUGCCGAUUGGCUGGGACUAUAUUUCACCGUGGCGUCCGUAAGCUACCAAACUGGACACCAUAGAUACACCAGAGUCAUGACGCGUCCGAGCUGGUCGCGCCACCAAAUUAUUUGCGCAACUGUGAGUAACUCCGUAUAGAGCUGUAUAUAUUUUGUUGGUAGCAGCGACUGGUUGCGCCGCCGUGAUGUCCGGGUGAAAUAUGGCCCUUUGUCUAAUAGUAAGCUGUUCUUUGUAUGAAUUUAAAUUUCUCUUAUAAAUAACAUUUAUAGAAGAGCUACACGUCAUAAUGUACUCCAUUUGUGUAAUUAUUAUUGUGGUUUGUAGAUUAUGUAACAGACUCCUUAGCUUAAAUCUUAAUUUAGUACAACUAGGUGACCCGUGUAAAUAAGUUACAAAAGGUCACACUGAAAUAAUCAAACCGAACUUAACAAUACCUACUCUAAUUAUUGUUGACAGAUUGGACUGUUAUUGAUGUAAGUAUGUUUUUUUUUGGUAAAUCUAUAUCUACUUAAUAUUUAUUUGUCAAUUUUUCGUGUCUAUCUGAAUCGAAUUUUCGUUUUUCAUUUCUUUAAAUAGUGUUUGUUCAUUAAAUUUGAUGAAGAAUUAUGGAAUUUAUGUCGUUCCGAAACGAAAACACACAUUAGAUAAUUACCUAGUAAUAAGUUUAAGGGGAUUGUAAUUGCCAAAACGUUAUUUAACUCGAUCUAUGUCUAGUUGUAAGUUAUAACAUACAUAAUACAAUUAUUUAUAUCAA